AUGUGCAGCACUGUGGCUACACUAGCAGGAUACGAAUCGAAUCAAUCACUGGUCUACGCGACUCCGCCCAUAAAGGAAUGAAUGAAACUGUAUAUGGGGAUACCGAUAGGACGUAUUCGUGAUCUCAGAUGUUAGUCCGUUUUAACUUCAAAUCACUCAAUUGCCCUGGAGCACGUAAAAGAAUACGGGCGACAUGGACAGGCCUGUUGAACCAGGACAUUUCUCAGCAUGCGAAGCCCGGUUAGACAAGCACAUUGCGGGACGUUGCAGCGUGGAUUUCCCCGUAGCUGUGGUUCUUCCAGCCGGUGGCAGUGGAGAAAGAACCGGGCUACUGACACCCAAACAGUUCUGCACGUUUCUCAAUAGACCUCUGAUAAGCUACACAAUUCAAACUUUCGAGAGAGUGCCAUGGAUCCAAAGCAUCGUUGUGGUGGUUGCCAAGGAGAGCUUAGAUUUGAUGAUGGACAUUAUCCAUCGCUUCCACCACAGAAAUGUCCUCGUGGUACAUGGUGGAUCUACUCGCCACAGAUCUAUCUUCAAUGGGGUCCGAGCCCUCAGUGAGGGAGAGGGUGGUACGGCCCGCGUCAAACCGAAGGUGGUCAUCAUCCAUGAUGCAGUGCGGCCCUUUGUGGAAGAGGACUUCCUCCUCAAGAUAACAAUGGCUGCCAAAGAACAAGGGGCUGCUGGGGCUAUCCGACCUCUGGUUUCCACAGUGAUUGCUACCACAUUGGAGGGCUACCUGGACCAUUCUCUGGAAAGAACCAUGUACAGAGCCAGUGAGAUGCCCCAGGGAUUCAUCUAUGAUGUCAUCUACCAGGCUUAUCAGAGGUGCAGUGAGUCAGACUUUGAGUUUGGCACCGAGUGCCUUCAUCUGGCUCUGCAGUACUGUGGCACCAAUGCCAAGCUCAUCGAGGGCCCACCAACCCUGUGGAAGGUGACCUACAAACGAGAUCUGGCUGCAGCGGAGUCCAUUGUCAAAGAGACUCUCUCCCAGUCGGCCUGUGUUGUCACAGGUGGCUCUGCACAGGCUACAGAGCUGGCCAACUCUCUGCAGAGGAGCAUGAGCGCUUUGGACAUGGAGGUGGAUGUGAUCUCAGACUUGAUGGGAGACGAUGCCAAAUCUCUGUCAAAAGAGUGGAACUUUAUUAGAGUUUCUGUCAACAGUUCUUGCUUUUCUGAAGUUGGAAAAAUGCUGAGUGCAUUGGAGGAGGCAGACCGAGCACUCCUGCAUCCAGUGGUCAUUAUUUGGGUUUAUUUGAACGUGUCGGAGGACGGUUUGUCCGCCAGCGAGCCGACGGGAGGAGAGCCGGCGGCCAUGAUGGAGCUCGCCACAGGAGCCAAGCUCGGAAAUAUUUUAGUCUAUGGCAUCCAGCUUCAUCACUCAAAGGAAGCUACACUUUGGGGGCGGUCAGUGGAGAAGGUGGCCCAGAUGUCAUGUGCUCUGAUCCGGGACAGAAGCCCUGCCCUUACAGGACAGCUGCUCCAGGCGUGAGCCAACCCGGAAGAGCAGAUCACUUUGUACAGCCUCGCCUCGGAUCACCUUUAUCACUACCCACCUACGGAUUGGCCACAAGGUGUGUGUUUGAGAAACACUCCAAGCCUUCAAACUCUAUGUCGUGAACUGCACUAGAAAAAGGAACAGUGUAGUGGAUAGGGAAGAGUUUAACAUGAGACAGGGGUGUGUAUGGAGACAGUUCGCUAUGCAAGUGUGUGAGACUGUCUAUAGUCCUAUGGUCUGAGACUUCAAACAGUACUGUGUUUCAUCACAUGAAUAAAUACUGCAGUUUACUAUAGAAUACUACAGUACUUACUAUAUAAUUGUGUAGUAAACUCUAUAAUAUACUACACACUGUAGUAUCCUUCGAUCAUGUGUAGUCCUUACUAUAGAAUGCUGUAGUAUGCAGUAGAAUACUAUAGUAAAUAAUACAGUAAUGUCAGCAAAAACACUAUAUUAAAUUCUACAAUAUUUAAUUGGCAUUUACCGUGCCCAUUACCCUCCCCCAUAUCCCAAUUUGUGCCACCUAUAAUUGUGUGUCCCUACAGGUUAUACAUUUACAUUACAUUUAAGUCAUUUAGCAGACGCUCUUAUCCAGAGCGACUUACAAAUUGGUGCAUUCACCCUAUGACAUCCAGUGGAACAGCCACUUUACAAUAGUGCAUCUAAAUCUUUUAAGGGGUGGGGGGGGGGUGAAAAUGAUUACUUUAUCCUAUCCUAGGUAUUCCUUAAAGAGGUGGGGUUUCAGGUGUCUCCGGAAGGUGGUGAUUGACUCUGCUGUCCUGGCGUCGUGGGGGAGUUUGUUCCACCAUUGGGGGGGCCAGAGCAGUGAACAUAGAAGAGAGCAGAAGAGAGCAGAAGCUCUGAACUAUCCGUUCAGACCCCAGUCCUACCUACCUACAGGUUAUGGAAAAUUAGCUCUUUUAGUGUUUCCCCAAUAGAUUUCCUAAAGGAAAAAAGCCUCCACUUCUAUGUUAAAGAUAAUAAAACAAGAACACUAUAGUAAAUACUACAGUAAUGUCUGCAAAAACACUACAGUAAAUACUACAAUCUUCAAAAACAAUUGCAUGAAUUACUAUAGUAUAUACUACACUUUUUAUUUUACAACGGUCUUUAUAGUAUAGUUAACUGUAAAUGCUACAGAUUACUAUAGUAAACAUAGUCUGCAAAAACACUACACUUAAUACUAUAGUAUAUAUACCAUAGUAUGCUAUAGUUUUUUAAAUGUGGGUUGGUCUCUAGAUCACUGGAUAAAGGUGCUGCUGAAUGGAGGAGAGGAGUUGACAUCUACUGUAUACAUGUGUGAUUUUGUACUGCCAUGUUUGAGUGGAGGUAUAAAAUGUUUGCUUUCAUUAAAAUGACUUUUCGUUUCA